ACGUGUAUGGCCCCCCGUGCACCGCACGUGUCUCCUACUAGAACAAACUUAAAAACAGAAAGGGAGAAGGUGUGUGGUAGCUCUCGCGGUCAUCUGCUGAGGGAUUUCACGAAAUGGAAGGAAGGCAGAUCCGUGCGGUGUUGGUGUUGGUAGUGAUUUCUUGCGUUGGCUUCCAGAUCCGCGCUUCUGAUCCGAUCUUUAUUGAGUCCUUCGAUGAGUCUUUCGAUGGGCGCUGGAUUGUUUCUGAGAAAGACGACUAUAAAGGUAUAUGGAAACACUCAAAGAGCGAGGGACAUGAUGAUUAUGGGCUUCUUGUCAGUGAGCAGGCAAAGAAGUAUGCAAUAGUGAAAGAGCUUGAUGAAGCCGUUAGUCUCAAAGAUGGAACCAUUGUUCUGCAAUUUGAGGUGCGGCUCCAGAAAGGAUUGGAAUGUGGUGGUGCAUACUUGAAAUACCUCCGACCCCAGGAGGCUGGAUGGAAACCUGCUGAGUUUGAUAAUGACUCUCCAUACUCCAUAAUGUUUGGACCAGACAAAUGUGGGUCGACAAACAAGGUGCACUUCAUCCUUAAGCACAAGAACCCCAAAAGUGGGAAAUAUGUUGAGCACCAUCUCAAGUACCCUCCUUCUGUGCCCUCUGACAAACUGUCUCAUGUCUACACCGCAAUAUUGAAACCUGAUAAUGAACUGCGGAUUCUGAUUGAUGGGGAAGAGAAGAAGAAGGCAAAUUUCCUCUCAGCUGAAGAUUUUGAGCCAGCUCUAAUUCCUGCUGAGACUAUUCCGGAUCCAAAUGAUAAGAAGCCAGAGGAUUGGGAUGAAAGGGCAAAGAUUCCAGACCCAGAUGCAGUGAAGCCAGAUGAUUGGGAUGAGGAUGCACCCAUGGAGAUUGAAGAUGAGGAAGCUGUCAAGCCUGAAGGGUGGUUGGAUGAUGAGCCUGAGGAGAUCGAUGAUCCUGAUGCUUCAAAGCCAGAAGAUUGGGAUGAUGAGGAGGACGGUGAAUGGGAAGCUCCUAAAAUUGAUAACCCAAAGUGUGAGAUAGCACCUGGAUGUGGUGAGUGGAAGAGGCCAAUGAAGAGGAAUCCUGCUUACAAAGGAAAAUGGCAUGCCCCUCUAAUUGACAAUCCAGAUUAUAAGGGCAUUUGGAAGCCUCAGCAGAUCCCAAACCCUGAUUACUUUGAGCUCGACAGACCUGAUUUUGAACCUAUUACUGCCAUUGGCAUCGAGAUUUGGACAAUGCAAGAUGGUGUUUUGUUUGAUAAUAUUUUGAUAGCCAAUGAUGAGAAGGUUGCAGAAGCAUACAGGGACACUACAUGGAAGCUGAAGUUUGAAGUCGAGAAAGAAAAACAAAAGGCUGAGGAAGCAGCAUCUGGUCUCUCAGAUGGCCUCUCUGGCUUGCAGAAGGCAGUUUUUGACAUUCUCUACAAAAUAGGUGGCUUGCCUUUCUUGAGUGCUUACAAAGUCCAGAUCUUUGAUCUCAUUGAAAAGGGAGAAAAACAACCAAAUUUGACAAUUGGCAUCCUCGUAUCCAUUGUGGUGGUUAUCUUGUCGGUUUUCUUUAAAAUCCUUUUUGGUGGGAAAAAACCAGCGGUCAAUGUCACUGAGACAAAGAAUGAGGUGCCUGCAGAGACUUCUGAUAAUCAAGGAAGCAGUGCAGAGAAAGAAGAUGAGAAUGAGAAUGAAGAUGCGGCUGCUGCUGCUCCUCGCAGGAGGACUAGAAGGGAUACCUGAACUAGGUAUAUGAAUGGUCUGUGGCUGUUACUAGUGGGAAUUUUUGAGCUGCCAUGUGGUUUAUAGCUGUGGCUGAGUUAUUGAUAAGUGUUGUUCCUUAGUUUUUGUAUCAUGUUCCCAGUAGAAUACUCCCAUGAAGAGUAUAGAUGGUCUAAACUCUUAUGGUCCUAAUCUUAUUGUAUGUCAACUUAUGCCUUUCUGUAGGAGAUUAUUGUUGCUCUUUUGCUCC